AUGAUACAGGGUAUCUUCUACGCACGGUUCUUCCCUCAGGAAGGAACCAAGAUCGUUGCUCAGUCGCCCCCGGGCUGCAUCGUGCCGGAGGGAGCGGGGCCUCAGAGGAAGCCUUGCCUAUUCGAUUUCGACGUAAUGCAAGAGUACAUUAUCCCGCGCAAGGCGUUCUUCAACCGCUUUGUCGCCGUCAAUGAGCCCGAGGGCAAGUACACGGUGCUGGGGCUGCCGGUGGCCAUCGCCCACCCCAAGUACCAGCGCAAUGAGUUCAUCUUCAACUUUGGCCUUGUAGUUGAGAGCGAUGUCGACCAGAUCCCCUAUGAGAGGGUCGUGCGGCGGAUCGCAGUCACGUUCGCCGAGAUGGAGAAGCAGAACGAGUAUCUGAGCCGCGACCAGAGUGGGAGCAACGAUGGAGGAAGGAGGCCGAUUGGGAGCCUGCUGGAGAUCAUCAAGGAGGAUCUGAACAAUUACGGCGAGUGCAUGAUCCCAGUGGACGACGCCAACACCAUCAACAUGAAGCUAUUCCCACACCAUCGGCCUCCUCCAGAGGUCAAGGGCUGGCACGUCCCAGUUGCCAAGAUGAAGUUCAGCGACGUGGUCGACCCAACUUGGGACUUGACGCUCCAGAAAGUCAUCACCCACAUCGACGGCGUGAGUGACGUCCGCCGCGUCGCCUUCAACGCCGACGUGAGCCUGGAACUCACCAAGAUCGCACUCCGCCACCUCCUGUACUAUGACACCAUCCUGCUGCUGGACAUGUUCUUCUUCAGCUCCUGUUACGCCCCGAGGCCCGGCAUCCACGACUUCGUGGCCGACAUGAGCGCCAACGACGGCUACUACACGACCACCGCAGACUCGGCCACGAUCAUGGAUGGUCCCGGCGGAGCGGACGGCCCUGUGGCAGCCGGCGGGCCCGCAGUGGGCGGCACUAUCGGCGGCGGCAUCGUCGACGAGUGUGCCAACUAUGUCUGCAUCAUGUCCUCAGGCCAGCGUGUCUCUGAUUACCAACUCAUCAAGCUCAUGACGUCGUUCUGUGUCGGCCGGACGGUGGGCGAGUGGCUGCGCCUGCACAUGGACGCCGGGCUUGACGUCCUGCGCCACGUCGACGUGCGGCGGCUGGUCCAGUUCGGGGUCAUUAAGGGCUUGCUCUACAGGGUGCACAAAUAUGUCGUCUCCAAACAGUACCUUGCGGCCCUUGCUACGGGACAGAGUCGGCCCCUGGCCGCGCGGGAUGGCCGGGCCGCCGGGGAUCCGUUGCAGAGAUAUAUGGACGGGUGCCACAAUUUCGACCAGGUCAUCACAGAGCAGAACGUGACGGAUAAGGAGAUCAUGGAGAGGCUGAAAAGCUUCCCCGGUCCUACGGGAGAUCUGACAGUGCUGUACCGUUGA